GGGUCAAUCCGUUGGUCACUUCCAAAAAUGGGAGCGUCUGCACUCAUCUGUCUUACCUAAUCCUAGCUAGUACGUACAUAUAUACACACACAUUCACUUCCAAGCUUUAUACACAUAUAUAUAUAUAUAUAACCUCCAAAUACGGUAGAUUAUAGAAGAGUCGAAAGCUUAAAGAAUUAUGGAGGUCAUGAGUAACUGCAGGGAGAAAGGAGAGAAAGAAGAAGUAUUAGGAGAGGAUGAGAUCCUCAAGAAGAGAAUCUCUAGCCAUCCUUCUUAUGGCCAGUUGGUUGAGGCUCACUUGGGCUGUUUAAAGGUUGGAGCCAUGGUGAAAUUUGACAGGAAUCACAUUAGGGAUCAGAUCAAGCAACAAGGAAACAACCCCAGCUCCCUUGGCAUGGCUAGUAGUAGUGCUACUCGAUCUGAGCUAGAUCACUUCAUGGAAGCAUAUUGCUUAGCUUUGCGAAAGCUGAAAGAAGCAAUGGAGGAACCCCAACAAACAUCCAUGGCUUUCAUCAACGAUAUGCAUUCACAACUUCAGGAGCUCAUGAUGACAAGCAAUGGCCAUCCUGUAGUAUCUGCUCAUGAACCUGCCACCAGUACUACUACUACAGCUUCUUCUUCUUCUUCUUCUUCUUCUGGUCAUGAUGAAUGAACUAAUUAAUUAUAAGAUCAAGGCCAUCCAUGCUGCAUGAAUGCCAGAUUUUACUAUUAUAUGUCAUUAUGAUUGUUAUUCUGCAGAUAUGGAUCGAUGUAGGGUAGCUAGCUAGCUAGUGAACAUGCAUGCAAUUAAUAUCUCGACAAAUUUAUACCAUUGUCGGCCUCCAUCGAGAUGAUCAUGUUCUGCUAGCUGGUUAUAAUUACUUUACAUAUAUGGCCUAGAAAGUAGUACUUUCCCAUCAUCAAUAUCUUCGAUCUUGACCUAAUUAACAGCUA